AUGGUGGACACUGGGCACGCCACCGUGGAGGCGGCUGCGGACAACCCCGUCAUCUUUGGAGUGCGCUUGGGAGGCUCCCGACGACUGCAGUUCGCUGCCCUGGCCGCGGGGGCUUUGAUUUCCUCCCUGGGAUUUUCGCUGCUGCAGGAGAGUGUGUUCAGAGUGCCUGGGUUCUCAUUUGGAGGAUGGAUGACGUUUUGGAUGUAUGGGAGUUGGGUGGUGUGUGGAUUCUUGGAGCAGAACUGGAAUGGUGGGCCUCAGCGCAGAGGGUCCCUAGUGGGCUAUGCUGUGGUUGCACUGACGACCUGUGGAGGCGUGUACUUCACCAACUGGGCACUGAACUUCUUGAACUACACCACACGGGUAGUGGCCAAGUCGUGCAAGGUGCUGCCAGUUAUGGCCUUCAGGGUGCUGAUCCAGAGAAAGCACCACAGCCUGUGGGAGUACCUGGCUGCGCUGGUGCUCGCAAGUGGCAUAUCUGCUUUUCUGCUGGGAGACAGGCAGGCGUACCCCCAGUUUAAUGCAGCGGGGCUGUUUCUGAUAUGCCUUGGAGUGGUGUGCGAUGCCGUCACCUCCAACCUUGAGGAGCGAUGGUUCUUUGACAUUCGGCCCCCUUGCGACCAAGCGGAGGUGGUGUAUUACCUGAGCCAGUUCUCCUGCGGCUACUCGCUCAUCCUUCUGGUCGCCACAGGAGAAGCAUGGCCAGCCUUCGAGCACUCAGUACAAAAUAUGUUGGUUGUCCCAUCAAUACUGGCGUUCUCCAUGCUGGGCUACGUGUCUGUCGAUUGUGUCUUGCUGCUCAUAAAGCAUUUUGGGGCAACGAACACAGAGAUCGUCAAGAGUCUCAGGAAGGUUCUGCAGGUGUCACUGAGCCUCAUGGUCUUCCCUAAGCCCCUCAAUGCAUCGCAUGGAAUUGGCUACAUGCUGGUAUUCCUAUCUUUAAUGUGGAUGGAGAAAUUGAGGCGGCGGCGAUCCACAACGAGUGGACCCCAGGAACUGAAAGCAGAAGACAAAGUGUGA